AUGGCCACCAAGUCACAUUUGAAGCUCACCCCAAUUAUCUUCAUCAUCUUCAUCUCCAUUCUCACUCCCCAAGUCCAUUCAGAGUCUGAUGAAUGCGGCUCAGAAACCAACUCCUGCAAUGACAAGUCUGGAGCUGUGCCGCUCAAAGUCAUAGCCAUCACCACAAUUUUGGUCACGAGCAUGAUCGGGGUGUCCUUGCCUCUUGUUACUCGUUCGAUACCCGCGUUGCACCCCGAUCGAAACCUGUUUGUGAUUGUCAAGUGCUUUGCAGCCGGCAUCAUCCUUGCCACGGGGUUCAUGCACGUCUUGCCUGAUUCUUUUGACAUGUUAUCAUCCAACUGUUUGAAAGAAAACCCGUGGCACAAGUUUCCUUUCUCAGGGUUUGUGGCUAUGCUUUCUGCAAUUGUGACUUUGAUGGUGGAUUCUAUGGCCACUAGUAUUUAUAGCAAGAGAUGCAGAACUGGAGUUAUCCCAGAUAAUGGGACGGUUGCAGCCGUUGAGGUGGACCAAGAGAUGGCUGCAGUGGGUGCUGGGCAUGGUCAUUUUCAUGCUCACAGUCAUGACAUAGUCAAGGGAGGAAAUGAAGACUCACAGCUUCCCCGUUAUCGCGUUGUUGCCAUGGUAUUAGAACUGGGUAUCAUUGUUCACUCAGUUGUUAUUGGGCUCUCUCUUGGAGCAUCAAACAACACUUGCACAAUUAAAGGUCUUGUAGCUGCCCUUUGCUUCCAUCAAAUGUUUGAAGGCAUGGGUCUUGGUGGUUGCAUUCUCCAGGCUGAGUACAAGUUCAUGAAGAAGGCAAUCAUGGUGUUCUUCUUCUCAACAACAACCCCAUUCGGAAUUGCAAUCGGAAUGGCCCUUACAAAAUCGUACAAGGAAAAUAGUCCAAGGUCGCUAAUCACAGUAGGGCUGCUCAAUGCAUCCUCAGCUGGCCUUCUUAUCUACAUGGCUCUGGUUGAUCUUCUUGCUGCUGACUUCAUGGGUCCAAAGUUGCAGCGUAGCAUCAAGCUCCAGAUCAAAUCUUACAUGGCGGUCCUUUUGGGUGCAGGUGGCAUGUCUGUAUUGGCAAAAUGGGCUUAA